AUGUACUGGCGCGUCGGGUUCGCCUGGACGCGCUCAUGUGUGGUUGAUCUUGGACGGAACCAGAGCUUCUCCUUCGGCUUGUGCGGCUCCAAUGAGCAGCUCUCGUUGUAUGGGUACAUCAUCGCCUACCCUCUGCAGGACUACGGCGGGAUCAUGCCGCUCCUUGGGUCGGACUCGUGGUGGCGGAAAACGCUCUAUCUGACCGGGGGCGCUCUGCUUGCCGCCGCUGCCUAUCUACUGCACGAGCUGCUCGCCAUCAGGUAGGCUACCAAAAAUGGAUGUAGCUUAAAGGCCCGUGUCCGCUUGAAGGAGAUUCCAUGUUUAAGUCGCGUUAUGGAAAGAAAAUAAAUAAACCAAUGAAUCACGCGAGUGUUAUGGCUCUUCGUAUUCGAGUGAUGUGGGUAUUAGGCCUAGAUGUCAAAUGAAAACCAUCCAUUGAUUUGUUCAUAUGUAGCGUGAAGCCUGUUAUUUGAGAUAUUUGUUUGUAAAUACAAUAAGAUCAUUUUCAUUGCUGCAAAGGUUGACUCUUAUUUAUUUACGAUUUCUCAAGGGCAUGGGACGAUAGGGCAUGUGAUAUUGGUUAUAUUGCUGUACCCAAGCCAAAUAUGUCUUCUUGUUUUCUGUCGAGUAGAGUCUUGCAGUAUAGACAAACAUUGCGGUUGUGAUAGAAUGACCUUUACUAACCUCGCACGUGAGAGAAUUAUACAGCGAAAAGCCAGGCCCGAAUAGAUAUUAGCUAACAGGAAUUGACCAUCCGUAACCAAUAAAACUUCAGCUUCGCAGUAGAAUCCCUAGAUUUUACCUGAAAUAAUGUCUGGGGGGAUUGAGUUAGGUCGCUGCGGUCCUUACAAAAACAUCUCGGGUUACCUGCAGCGAUAGCCCCAAGGCCUACUCAGCUAGAUAAACACACUCUCACAGAGAUCGAUGUAGGAUUCGAUUUGAAUUGACUUCACACUACACCAAUAGGAAGCGUUGUGGCCUAAAGCUUGUUGUUUACAUAAAAUGGCAUUUUGACUGUCUUGUUUUUACACGUGGCUAGCACUGCGUGUGUUUUCUCAUAGCUCUUCUUUUUGCUCAGCCUGUGCUCUUUCUUUUAAGUGUAGACCCAUUUUAAGUCGAUCUCUAAGUAGUUAUUGUCUAGUUUACUUUCCCUAUGUGCCAUUACACCGAAGUGCUUUGCAUUCUAUAGAUAAUUGGAUCAAAACGUUAGUUUAUUUUAGGUAUGUGGGCAUUUCAGCACCACCGCUAAAUGGACAGCUCCUCAGUAUUUCAGAACAUGCGAUCCUAGUGUUUCAGCACCUUUAUGAGGUAGGCUACCGGUUUCAAAUCCUUUUAAUUUUCAAGGUAAUAGGGCCCCUAUUUGUGACUACGUUGGUCAGUACGAACGUGUAAUAUGAUCAGCUACAGUAUUUCACCUGGUUGUGUCCUAAUUGUUUUGACAUUGUAGUGUCCCUGUGGGAAUGGCACCCUUGUUCGAGGAAAGUUUCAGCAUGGGUCUUGUGCAAAGCUCUCUGUGCUAGAUAGCUGUAAAACGGGACCUACUAUUGCACAUGAGAUUGAUGCAUAAGAUCUAAGAACAUUUCCUUGAUUAUUUUCAAAGUACAAUUUGAUCAUUAGCCUAUAAUCGACUCCAGAUAUAUGUAAAAGCUUGGAAGUGUCAUGUGUGCACUAUAGCCUACUAGGGGAUCCAGAUAUCCAGAGAUACUAAAUAAUGUACAGUGUAUUUGAAUUGGGACUUAAUUUGCACUUAUUUAAUAUGAGGAUGGCCUUGCUACAUCGGAGUUGAGGGUUUGAUUCCCACACAUAUUUCAUGAAUAUAUGCACUAACUUUAAGUUGUGUUCAAUAACAUUUAUAAGGAUGAGUGAUUAGAAUGUGGAGCUCACACUGCCUUGCUCUGGCUGGUCCAUAGGAAGGAGCAGGAGCUGAACUCUAAAGAUGCCAUCAUCCUCCACCAGUUCUCCAGGCCAAAGAGUGGCGUCCCUUCCCUCUCCCCCUUCUGCCUCAAGAUGGAGACCUACCUACGCAUGGUGGACCUGCCCUACCAGGUGUGUGUGUGUGAGAGAGAGAGAGAGAGAGAGGGGGGGGGGGGGGGGGGGACAGAGAAAGAGAGACAGAGAGAGCGAUGUUUGGGUUGGUGUGUGCUUCAAUGAGUGAUUUUGAUGUAACAUGGUGUAAUUUUCUAUUGCAGAGUAACUGACCAUUGAAAUUCCUUCUUCCUCUUUCCUUUCUCUCUCUCCCUCUGUCAUGCAGAACUACUUUGAUGGGAAGCUGUCUCCCCAGGGGAAGAUGCCAUGGAUAGAGUACAACCAGGAGCAGGUGUCUGGUACAGAGUUCAUCAUCGACUUCCUGGAGCAGAAGCUGGGCGUGAGCCUCGACAAGAACCUCAGUCCCCCAGAGAAGGCUGUGUCCCAGGCUGUCACCAAGAUGGUGGAGGAACACUUCUACUGGUGAGACACUUCCUGACACUACAGCAAGACAUCCACUAGAUGCUGCUCUGUUGGGAGACCUCAUUUAUUUGAUACUGAGGGAUAGGAUGAUACACUAGUGAAUGUGAUUGUGUUGCAAACCAUUACAUCUGUCCCUUGAAACUCACAACCCUGGUGUUUCAAGCACCAUUCUCCGAACCAACUGUGCCGUCGGGACCACACUUUAUCAGCAUAUAGAUUUGAGAUACUGUUGACCUAACGAACAUCACGUCUGUGUGUGACAGGACCAUAGCUUACUGUCAGUGGGUGGACAACCUGGAGGAGACCCAGAAGAUGCUGGCGGUGAGCGGGCCACUGAGUGACCUACUCAAGUGGAUCCUGAGUCACCUGACUGGCGGCAUCGUGAAGAGGGAGAUGUACGGCCACGGGAUUGGACGGUUCACCAAGGAGCAGGUCUACGCUCUAAUGGAGAAGGACAUGAGAACGCUGGCCACCCUGCUCGGUAGGGAGAGUAUACUGUAGAUAGUCAUUAAGAUCACACAUAAUCCUAAAGAUCAUAAUCUCCACCUCAUUUCACAAGGUACAGUCUGCAGCCUUAGAAGCCUUGUUAAUCUCAUAUCUAGGGCUAAGGCCAGCUGUAGGUUCCAUUAUUGUUGUAUAGAUUACUUGGGUUUACAGUACGAUGGCCAGUUUCAGGUGUUUGAAGGAACAGCCUUUUUAUAAUAAGAUAAAUUAUACAAUUCUGUCCUCUUCUGGAGAAAGUAGGAUACUACACCAUGUGGACUACUUUCCUGUCAACAUUUUAUCACAUGUCCCAGACAACGUUCUUCUCGCCCCCUGAUUCUUGGUGUUUCUCUGGGUAGGUGAUAAGAAGUACCUGAUGGGUCCUAAGCUGUCCUUGGUGGAUGCCACUGUGUUCAGCCAUCUAGCCCCUGCCAUGUGGACCCUGCCGGGCACAAGGCCAGAGCAACUCAUCAAAGGUGAGUUCACCAACAAUCCACAUUGCCUGUCAUGGUUAACAUUACUCCCCAGAAAGAGCCUACAGGGGUUCAAAAUAAGAAAUAAAAUAGCAAGUUAGAGCAAUCAUCACAAAGAUAAGGAUCCAUUGUCAUGCAGAUCCUACUGCCCAAUAUCACUCUUGAAUGUGGAUGACAAAAUCAUUGCUAAAGUAUUGUCUUUUCCCAUACAAACAGUAAUACAAAAGUUGAUUCACUCAGAUCAAACUCAGAUCAGACAAUCUCCGCCAUUUUUUCAAUAUAAUCCAUCAUACCAAGAACUUGAACGCUCCAAAAGUGGCAGGAUCAAUAUAUGCUGAAAAAGCAUUUGAUAGGGUGGAAUGGGCAUACUUGGUGGCUGUCAUAAAAAGGUUUUGUUUUGGUCCGGUAUUUAUCUCCUGGAUUGAGCUAUUGUACAAAUCCCCCAAAGCAGCGAGACAGGGAUGACCUUUGUCUAGUUAUUUAUUUUAUUUCACCACAGAACCCUUAGCAUCAAUAACUAGAACUCAUGGCUCAAUCAGGGGCAUAGAGAUUGAUGGAGAUCAACAUGUUAUAUCAUUGUAUGCAGAUUUCAUUUUACUUUAUUUAUCUGAACCAGAACAUUCUCUGUCAUUUAUUUUACUACUGUUAGAAACAUAUGGUGCUGUAUCAGGAUUCAAAGUGAAUUGGGAGAAAGCUUGAAUAAUGCCAAUUUCUAAUUAUGACUUCUCAAGCUUAGAAAGUACAUUUAAGUGGAAAUGGACAAAUAUACAUAUGACAUAUCUGGGUGUACUGAUACCAUGCAAUCAGGAGGAGGCAUAUAAAAUCAAAUAUUUUAUUUUACUUGGUAAGAUUGAAUCCGAUGUUAAGAGAUGGAGAUCUCUCCCUAUUUCUAUGUUGGGUAGGGUCAACAUAAUCAAAAUGAAUAUAUUAUCAAAGUUGAUGUAUUCCAGGCCCUGACAGUUUCAAUUCCAUCCAACUUCUUAAUAAAAUACAUGGCCUGCUCUCCCAACUUUAUUUAGAAUGGAAAGAUCUCAAGAGACAAAUUGACUGUUUUACACUUACCCUAUAAAGCUGGUGGUCUUGGACUACCUCAUAUGAAAAUGUAUUACUGGGCUGCACACCUGGGUUCACUUAAACAAUGGACAGCAGACUAUCCUGUGCAUGGAGGAGUAUCGAGGCCAGAAAUGUAAUACUUUAUGAUCUAAAAUAUAUUCACUACUUCGGGUCCAAGGCAUUGAAGAAAAAAACAGACAAUCCAAUGAUUCUCAAUUCAAAGAACCAAUAUCGCCAGGCACCUCUAUUUGGAAUAACCCCACCUUACCUCCAGUGUUUAAUGACAACACCUUUAAGUCCUGGUUCCAAAGUGUCAUCAUGAAUUUUGAACAUGUAUAAUAUGAUGGAUCUCUACUGUAAUUAAAUCAAUUACAAGAAAGAUUUGGAUUAUCCAAGGCUGAUUUCUUUAAGUUCUAACAACUCAGAAAUCGUAUUAAAUCGCUUCAACAGAAUCUAGAUGAACCUAAGGCAUCUAGCAUAGACAAAAUACUGAAAGAAGCUGAUAUGCCAAAGAAGUUGAUUGCCAAGUUAUAUGAAAGGAUGAUUGAAACUCUAAAUCUAAAGGAAAACAUUGAGGAGAACCGUUGUUCACAGAUAUGUGAAAAUGUAAAUACCUGCUCCUACAACCUAAGACAUAAACUACAGCAAUUUAAGAGAAUUCAUAGGACUUACUACACUCCUGCCAGAAAUGUCACAUCUCUGCUGGAGAUGCAGAAAGGAAAUCUAUUACAUAUGCUGUGGUCUUCUGAUAAACUGACACCUUUUUGAGAUAAUGUAUGUGCUAUCAUUUCGUUGUGUCUACGAAUUUAUAUCCGUCCAUCUCCACGAUUAUGUCUGUUGGGAAAUGUCAAUAUUGAUGAUCAAUAUCAGAGAAAGUUUUGUAUUCUAGGUCUAAUUUCUGCAAAACAAAAUGUAUAACCAUCAAUUGGAAGGCCUCAUAUUUACCCUCAAUAACAAAGUGGAGGACUGAACUAUCUAGCUACAUUCCGUUGGAUUUGGUAUAUUAUCAAAUUAAAUAAAAACCGGAAGUGUUUGAUGAAAUUUGAAAACCAUAUGUUGAUCACCUUGGGGAAUGUGUUGUAUAGUGGCCAUUUUGUUUUUGUGUUGUGUUGUUUGUGGGGUGCUGUGGAAAAACAAUAAAAACAAAUUGUCAAAUGUAAAAAUAAUCAUAAAAAAAAAAACAGUGAUGAGGAAGAAACCUUGGGAGGAAUCAGACUAGAAGAGUCUCCAUCUUUAUUGAAUAAAACACACCACAUUUUGACCCAUUCUCAGCUGAUCUUGCUUAGCUUGUUGACCUUUGCCUUUGUGUUGACCUUUGACCCAUCCUAUCCGCGCCAGGCGAGCUGAUCAACCUGGCCAUUUACUGUGAGAGGAUCCGCCGGCGCUUCUGGCCCGAGUGGUUCAUUGACCUGGAGGAUUUCUGUUACGAUGACACCACAGAGGACGAUGACUCCCCGUCCAAACUCCAGGACCUGGGGCUCUACUCCCGUACAGACACCUUCCAGGAUGAGACCAGCCCUCCUCACACACACACGCCCACGCACACACACACAAUCUCGCCAGACAGUGACCACACGGGCCACUCGCUCUACGACUCGGACAUGGACACGGAGUGCUCCGAGAUGGAGCAGCUC